GAACUCAGUUGAACAACACCACCACUUGAGUACAUAGCGAGUGAAAAACUGUCGGCAAAGGUUGUAAAAAAACUGUUUCUUUAACUGUUUUUCUUGGGUUCUCCGCCUGGAAAGCGACAUUGUGAAGUAUAGAUAGUGGUGGUUGCGGUGGUGAUUGGUGGCGCCGCCUGUUUGUUAGAGAGACUAUUUGGUGCGAAGACCCUUUUGGCUCACAAUGCAGCUCUUGGGGUUAUAUGUUGUGGUGUUCUUAAAGUGCUUUUUGGGUGUCUUUGGGCAGCAAGUUCAUCCUCAACAUAAUGUGGCUGACUUACACUGGAAACCGGCUACUGCCACCUGGUAUGGCAGUCCUGACGGUGAUGGUAGUGACGGAGGGGCAUGUGGGUACGGGUCAUUAGUGGAUGUGAAGCCAUUUAGGGCCAGAGUUGGUGCCGUGAGCCCAGUACUCUUCAAGAAUGGUGAAGGAUGUGGGGCAUGUUACAAAGUUAGGUGCCUAGACAAGAGCAUAUGCUCAAGAAGGGCAGUGACCAUAAUUGUUACAGAUGAGUGUCCAGGUGGGUAUUGUUCCAAUGGCAACACUCACUUUGACCUCAGUGGUGCAGCCUUUGGUCGCAUGGCUAUUUCCGGUGAGAAUGGUCAGCUCAGGAACCGAGGUGAAAUCCCGGUCAUUUAUCGCAGGACCCCAUGCAAGUACCCAGGGAAGAACAUUGCCUUCCAUGUCAAUGAAGGCUCAACAGAUUAUUGGCUAUCCAUUCUAGUAGAGUUUGAAGAUGGUGACGGUGAUGUUGGAUCGAUGCAUAUAAGAGAAGCAGGAGGCACUGAGUGGCUAGAGAUGAAUCACGUAUGGGGUGCAACUUGGUGUAUUAUCAGGGGACCCUUGAAAGGACCAUUCUCCGUGAAAUUAACAACACUAACAACAGGAAGAACACUGUCUGCAAGAGAAGUGAUUCCAAGAAAUUGGGCUCCAAAAGCUACUUACACCUCUAGGCUCAAUUUCUUCCAUUAAUAUGGCAAGGCUCCAUGCUUUUUCUUGGUCUGAAACCAAAGAGAGAAACAAGCCCAUUUUUAUGACUGGAAAACGUGCCUUGUUCCCUUGACGCAAAAGUAGCCGUUGACUGGCGUGGUGAUUUUUUUUUUAAGGAAAAGUAGCCGUUGGAUUGCAUAAUGGUAUCCAAAGCCCUUUUCUUUUUCUUUUUCUUUUUCUUUUCUUUUCUCUCUCUCUCUCUCUCUCUCUCUUUUUUGUGUCUACUUUUGUGGUGUGUUUUAAUUUAGAUCAUCAAUGUAGCCCUCUCCAAAGGAGAGAGAGCGUAUAAUAUCUAUUUUAUGCUUGUGUAAGUUUUUAGGCCCUUUGGGUCAUCAGUGAAUUUGGACCGUUGAAUAUUAGAGAUUA